AUGGUUUUACAGGAGGCAGCCAUCAUGGGGCUCUGCACCCCACCGGAGCCUCCCCACGGAGCUGCCGUCGAGCUGGACGAGGUGGGCGCUGAGGUUUUGCCCCGACGGACGCCGGCUCCUGCCUGGCUCCCCACUGCCAAAGGCGAGGAGGGGGAUUUCUGCCUGCGCUCCUCGGACUGCGCGGCGGGGCUGUGCUGCGCCCGACACUUCUGGUCCAAGAUCUGCAAACCGGUGCUGCGGGAGGGGCAGGUGUGUACCCGGCACCGGCGGAAAGGCACCCACAGCCUGGAGAUCUUCCAGCGCUGCCAGUGCGCCGAGGGGCUGGCCUGCCGCCUCCAGAGAGAGCAGGGCCCCGCCGACGCCUCCCGCCUGCACACCUGCCAGCGGCACUGAGCCCCACGGACAGACAGACGGACGGAUGGGAUGGACGGGACGGACUCCGGCCCUGCCGGAGCGGAAGGUUGUUUCUCAAGGGAACUACUUUUUAAGCGACUAAUUGCAGUACGUUACUGUGUUGUGAAUACUCGAGCUGGCACUUAGCUGUACAUAACGCCGGGACUUUUU